UGGAUUGGGAUUUCUCUACUAUUCCUAACAAAACACGGCCAAAUCACCAAAGUUUCCUUAUUUAAACCCAUCUCUCACCUCUAUAUAUUUGCCUCUAAAUUUUUGUUUUGUCUAUUCCAAACAUAAACAAUGGACUCAUCAAAACAAAAUCUGAAUCAAGUCAUAUAUUCAAUCGACAAAACCUUAGAAAUUCUUCAUCAGCUUUCUUCUUUCGACGUUGACGUUGCUUCUCAUCUGAAUAAUCUUGUGUUUGAGAUUGAUAAUAUGGCCAAAUUAGGAGAAAAUUGUCAUAGUAUUAAAGUGCCAAUGGAAGUUCUCAACUUAAUUGAUAAUGGAAAGAAUCCAGAUGAAUUUGCUAGGGAUCUGUUGAACAAUUGUAUUGCAAAAAAUCAAAUUACUAAAGGGAAAGUUGAUGCAUUCAAGGAUUUAAGAGGGCAUCUAUUGGAGGAUCUAGAACACGCUUUUCCUGAUGAGGUAGAAGAUUACAGACAGAGGCGGAUUUAGGAUUUUAAAAGAUGGCAGAUGCCACUAUGUUUUUUUAUUGUAUAAUAUAUGUUUUACUAUUGAAUAAGAAUUAUGUCGAUUCAGUAUAAA